GUUUAAUCAUCUUUCAGUUUCUCUUAUUUUCCUAGUUAUUACAACAGUAGCACACAUACUAUACAGCAGAGAGGAUCUGUGUGAGCAGUCAUGGAAGGGAGUCUGUUUGUGCUGCUUCUGCUGUCAGGGAUCUUAUGGAGCAGUUCUGCUCUUUCUCGUCCGUACCACUAUAUAAAUGUGAGAAUGUCGUGGCCAGAGGCUCAGAGUUACUGCAGAGAGAGAUUCACUGAUCUGGCUACUGUAGACAGCAUGGAUGAUGUGAACAGGCUGGUGAAUAUAGUGGAUGCUGGAUACAGUGGAUCAGUGUGGAUUGGACUGAAGAGGGGGACACAGAAACGCUGGGGUUGGUCUAAUGGAGAUGAUACACUCGCACAAUACAGUGAAUGGAAUGAAGGACAUCCAAACAGUGAAGGAGAAUGCAGCUAUUUUGCCUUUGGAGUUUGGUAUAGUUAUCCAUGCUCAUCACUUUUACACUCUGUGUGCUACAGUGGUGAGUUAUAAGUUGAUAUCUGUGUUGAUAUUCAGAUUAGCUUGGGUUGAGGCCUGAUUCUUGCUUUCCAUAUCUCAGUAGAAAGUGCUGAAUACAUCAGGGUACAGAAGUGGAAGAAUUGGACCGAUGCUCAGAGCUACUGUAGACAGCAUCACACAGACCUGGCCACCAUCCACAACUCUGAGGAAUGGAAUCUGAUAAAGAGUGUAAUUCCAUCGAACUCGUGGGUCUGGUUUGGUCUGUUUCUGGAUUCUUGGGAAUGGUCUGACAAAUGGAGCCGCUUCUUCAGACACUGGGCAGCAGGUCAACCAUCCCAGAGUUCAGGAUCUGGUGACUGUGUUGGCAUGUCAACAGCUGAUUCUGGGAAAUGGGCUCAAUACAGCUGUGAUCUACAGCAGCCUUUUAUCUGCU